AUGAAUACAUUAUUCCCUAUAAUUUUGGUCAACACCACCAGAUUUAUAAGGAUUGAUGUUGUGAUUCGAGCAAUCGUGUUUCACUUCUCCACCGGUAAAAUUGAAGAACGAAAUCAAUUCAUCUCGCCACUCAGAAUUCUUUCUCCUUUCUCUAAAUUCUCUUCCAUAACCAACCAUUCCACCAUCCCUUUUUCCUCGUUAACUUCAAUCCCACCAACGCAGAGCAAUUAUGCGAAAUACCUGAGGUGCGAGGUGAUUUCUCGAGGGCUGAGGAGUAUUACAGCUGAGCAAUCCUGGCAAACCCUAGAGAUGGAAAUGCUUUAUCUUUAA